AUGGACUCCAACCAAUUCGACAAAAUGUUUUCUCAAGCCGACGCUAUCAUGGGGCCAUUCGCAGAAAUGCUCUUUCGGCAAGCCAACUUUCCCACCCCGGGAGAUUCCCGCCUUGUUGUUCUUGACCAGGCAUGCGGCUCUGCUGUUGUUUCUGCCCACAUCGUGUCACGACUCUCCUUGGAAGAGAAGUCUAGGCUUGACCUCACAUGCGCCGAUAUUUCUGAUGCAAUGGUAUCAAAUGUGUCACAACGCAUCAAGGCCUCAGGCUGGGAUAACGUGUCUGCUGUGAAAGCUGAUGCAAUGGACACAAAAUUUCCCUCUUCCCACUUUACGCACAUCUUCUUCAACUUCGGUCCACAGAUCCUGUCCAGUCCCCUCGCCGGCAUUAGGGAAUGCCACCGCAUUCUACAGUCUGGUGGGACCCUGAACCUCAGUACCUGGCAAGAAGUCCCGUGGUUUGCGGACUACCGUGCAGGUAUCGCAAGGGAUCCCUCAUUGCCCCCGUUUCCAUCGGAUGAACAACUUCGACAUGCAUUCACUGAGACACCAGAACGCUGGGAUAGUGUUAAAGAUGUCAAGGUACAUCUGGAAACGUGUGGCUUUCGUGACGCUGAAGCCCAGGUUGUGGAGAAUACCACGAAGAUGGACAUUGCAGAAGUGGAAGCCAUGUUGCCAUUCUCGCUGGACAUGAUGAUUCAGAAAUUCUGGAAGGAAACGUUCGCCAAUACGAAGGACGGGUUUGAGCAGUCCAGGCAGUCUGCCCGGCGAGCCAUCCUGGACUACGUGAAGGAGAAGUAUGGAUCCGGCCCGGUUGUGUGGAAGUGGGUGGCCAUUGUUGCUAGUGGAUUGAAAGGCUGA